AUGGAGCCCGGAGGCUCAAGAGCCGAUUUGAUAGAUUCGGUGCAGAUCCCAGUCUCCGAAAAGGAUCUUUACAACCAAGCCUGCGAAGAUGACCGGAUCGCAGCUGAAUCUUUAUCGAUAGCCCCAAAUCGAACGGCAGCGAAUUACGAAGAGAGCGUCGAUUGGAACACCGAGGAAUAA